AUGGACGAAGGAUCUUUUGAAGGGAUUAAAACCGAAUCAGAACAUUGUGAGAAGGUGGAUGAUCUGCCCAACAAAGAAGUGUCUGACGACAGCGACUCCUGUGGUGGCGUCACCGGCAAGAAGAGUCGAUCCCGGAAACCACGGAGAAAGACCGUUCAGCAGCGCCAAGUUAACAAGGUAUGCCGCCGUAGGAGAGCCAACGACAGGGAGAAAAACAGGAUGCACGGACUGAACGACGCCCUCGACGACCUCCGCAAGAUGUUGCCCAACACAACGUCGGAGGCGAAGCUGACGAAGAUCGACACCCUCCGCACGGCGUACAACUACAUCUGGGCGUUGUCGGAGACUCUCAAACUGAUGGGCAGUGGCGCCGAGAAUCAGGGUGUUGUUACCGACAUUUCAGACUUUGAUAUGGAUGAUAAUAUUAUCGACAGUUGUACAAGUAUGGACACCGGUGUUGGUGGUGUUGGGAGUGUGUCACAUACCCUGACAGACGUUAUCGAAGGCGAGAACAACGACGUUGUAGAUGUUGACGGUUUGCAUGGAGGAGUGUUGCUACAACAACAACAUCAACAACGCGACGCGUUCCGGGACAGUUUUGUUCAUUCUCCGCAAACACCUACCUCUCCGGCCAGUGUGUGUAGCGACACGUCGGGAUCCAGCGCGUUCAGAAACAAUGCGUCUUUCUCUGACUUUGUGUCAUCACCGUACGGACGAACGUAUCACACGGAAGCGACCAGUUGUGGUAAUUAUUACUACGGAUCUGCCGAAGGAAUGUCAAUCCCGAUGCCAACGCCGGCUGACGGUUUUCGUAAUCAAGCGCCGUUGGAGCAUGGUCGGGAUCUCUCAUUUAUGGACGCUUUGUCGAACGGACUCAACAAUUCCAUUCAUUUGUCUUCACCAGAACACUAUCAACUGUCAGUGUAG